CUUUAAGAAUGUAAAAUUAGCUUCCUCUUCUACUCUGGCUCUUUCCAAGACCAAUAACAAAAUGCCUCUUCGAUUCUUGAUCCAUAUUUUUUUCUUCCUUUUCAUCACUUGCAGAGCCCAAAAUAAUCAAUGUUCACAUUCAUCUUGCGGAAAAAUCCAAAAUAUAAGUUACCCUUUUUGGCUAAAAUCCGAUCCAAACAAGUGUGGAGACCAAAGGUUUGUUCUUUCUUGCGAGAACAAUGUCACAAUACUAAACCUCUAUUCCGGAAAAUACUCGGUUGAAGCAAUCAAUUAUAUUAACCACACCAUACGAGUCGUUGAUCCAGGUCUUCAAAAGGGCAAUUGCUCCUCUCUCCCUCGUUAUCCUCUUUCCAGGUAUAACUUCAGGUCUGGCGACCCAUAUGAGCUUGUUCAAUGGAGCCAAGAUUGGGCACUCCAGUAUAUGUCAAAGACAGUGGUUUUCGUGAGUUGUGAAAAAACAGUCAAAUCCCAUUAUUAUAUAGACACUGCUUCUUGCUCUACUGGUUCCAAAAGGCAUUCUUAUGUAAUAGUCAACGGGAGCUUGAGUGUUUCGGAUAUGGAUGAAUCAUGUGGUGUAGAGCUAACGACUUUAGUAUCUGUGCAAAGAAACAGUAACAGCAAUGCUUCUUCAUUCAUGGAUAUUCACAAUGAUAUGGCUUUCGGGUUUAAGCUUUCAUGGAUUCGAGGAACCACGCCACUUCAAAUCCGAAUGAGGCUAUGGCAUAAAAUCUGGGACGAUUUUUGGACUUACCGCUAUUUGAUACUCUUUAUAUUUGGAGCAGUGAUUGUAGGAAGGGCCAUAUUAGGGACUCCAUGCUUGUGCAUCUUUUUGACCUAUAAAUGGAGAAGGAGACAUUUAUCCAUGUAUGAUCGUAUUGAAGAAUUCUUACAAAGUUAUAACAAUCUUGUACCGAUAAGAUACUCAUAUUCAGAAAUUAAAAAGAUGAGCCAAGGAUUUAAAGAUAAAUUGGGUGAAGGAGGCUAUGGUUCUGUGUACAAAGGAAAACUUCGUAGCGGUCAUUUAGUAGCAAUUAAGAUGUUAGAUACAUCAAAAGGAAAUGGGGAAGAUUUUGUAAAUGAAGUUGCUACUAUAGGUAGGAUUCACCAUGUAAAUGUUGUUAGACUAAUUGGAUUUUGUGUCGAGGGUUCGAAGCGUGCUCUUGUAUACGAUUUUAUGACUAAUGGAUCUCUUGAUAAACAUAUUUUCUCCAAGGAAGGAAUGGACUCUUUGAGUUGCAAGAAGAUAUUUGAAAUUUCACUUGGAGUGGCUCGUGGUAUUGAGUAUCUUCAUCAAGGAUGUGAAAUGCAAAUUCUGCAUUUCGAUAUCAAGCCGCACAACAUUCUUUUAGAUGAUAAUUUUGUAACUAAAGUUUCAGAUUUUGGCCUAGCUAGAUUAUGCCCAUUGGACAAUAAUACAGUGUCUCUAACAGCAGCAAGAGGAACGUUAGGAUACAUAGCUCCAGAAUUGUUUUAUAAAAAUCUUGGAGGAGUUUCUUAUAAAGCUGAUGUCUAUAGCUUUGGCAUGUUACUGAUGGAAAUGGCAAGUAGAAGAAGGAAUGUGAGUUCAGCAGCAGAGAACUCGAGCCAAGUUCACUUUCCAUCUUGGGCUUCUACCCAAUUCAGUGAAGGAAAUGACUUUGAUUUUGGAGUUGGCACAGUGGAGGAAUCAAAGAUAAUAAAGAAGAUGAUGAUAGUUGCAUUAUGGUGUAUACAGUUCAAGCCAUCAGAUCGUCCUUCAAUGACCAAAGUGGUAGAGAUGCUUGAAGAACAAACUGAGUCCUUAGAGAUGCCUCCAACUAAAUUCACUUUCUAUUCAAACGAGGCACCAGUCGAGGAUCUUGGAGAGUACAGUUCAUCCUCAAUAUGGUCAUCUACACAAUCAGGGGACAAUUACUCAGAUACUAGUUUAAGUCAGGUAUCAGAUUAAAAAGAACAAUUUAGUUACGCAGAAUUGGAAUGUACAAUGAAAACUAUAAACAAACAUGUCAUUUGGUGCAGUUCUUCUUUAUAAACAUAUGUUUUGUUUAUGGUUACAAAGUCAAACUUUUUCAGCCAUGCUGCAGCAAAGUUGGAAUAAGAAUUUGAGGCUUAACAAGUAAAGGGUUCUAAGAUAAUGGCUUUUAUACUAUUUCUUUUGAAUAAAUUUUCCACCUUUGACUUUGAGAUCCUUGCCAGCGUACAAAAUAUGAUACAAGAGCUCCCCUGUUUUAAGCUUUAAUCGAGUGAAAUAUUAGCUGCCUUAUUUGAAUAAUGUAAUUAGGCAGAGUGGAGAUCCCCUUGAUCUAAUAUGCAGCCAAUCCCUAUAAAAUGUUUAUCCUUGUCAGUCUACAUUUCUCAGUCAACACAAAUGUAAAAGGGCAUUUGCUUUGAAAAUUCUCACAUGUCCUUUUUUAGUGGAUUACAUGAUCAUUUAAUAAAAUAAAAAUUAAUAAGACUUUUUGUUC